AUGGAAGUUCCGGCUGCCCAGCGAUCUCAAAUUGUAGGAAUACCGGACGGAGCACAACUGCUUGUCAUAUCCCGUUUCACGAAAGCUCUACUACACUUUCCCUCUCAUUCGGAGGAGUCUUCGCAAACACUAUUUUUCUACUUUACGGGGCAGCCAGAAUCUAUUUUGAAGGCUCGUCGAUACGUGCAGGGUCUUCUUCCCAUGCAGUUGUGUUUCCAUGCUGGCAGUGAAGACCUUCGAGCUCACAUCCAAGCAGAGAACCGUUUGAUAAAGUUCUACGACGAGAUGCUGCGCGUUUCUGUCCGAGUAAUACCUUCCGAUCUCGAAUCCUUAUCAGUUCUUCCAGGAGACCAGAUGAGGCACUUCAUUUCACUCCGAACAAGUGAGUACAAUGUGGGUGCACUUUAUGCUGUGAUGCGUCGAGUUCUCAAACGAGGAGAAGAAAUCGCAAUGGUCACGCCCACUGACUACGCAGAAAUGCUGCCACUUGUCCCUGAUCUCAUUAAGCAUGCAUGUGAAGUAAAUGUCAAGUGCCGAUUGGAACCUCGUAUACUGGAUCUUCCUUCGAUGUCCGCUUUGAUGCCUCUUACCCCUAACUCAUUAUCCUCACACCUACUGUCAGCAAGCAUUGUCGACCAGUCGAAUCUGGCUCUGAAUGCAGCUGAUGCUUCCGAGGGGACCAUCCCCUCUCGAAGGAAGGCCUCACCUGUUCCCUUCAAUCGGCACAACUGCUUGGAUACAUCACUCGAUACAACGUCAUCAGCGCAAUCAAGCAAAACUGAUAAUCUAACAUCUUCACGUGCUGCCGGUUCCAACAGAAGCAGGAAUUCUUCGCCUCAGACUAUUUACCCCAGCAAAUUCAGUUUACGGUACAAAGACAAAGAAAAUAACGGUAGAGGUUCAUUCAACAACUAUGGUCGUGCCAAAAAUUACAACACCGAGCGUCGGAAUAACACAUUCCGAUCGUUACGCUUUGGCACCACUAAUUCUUCGCACUCAAAGCAUCAUUUGGCGCUUCGCAAUAGGGAAGGAGAUAUCGACAAAACUCUUCUCGUACUGGUGGCGAUGAUAUUUAUCUGCGUCGGCGAAACCAUCCUCAGAAUGGUUCUGAGCGAGUCCAUCACGGGUAUAAUAUCAGUUAUAGCUGUAUCAAUACAAUCUCGUGGUCAGCUCAAUAUUCACAAAACGUUGUUCAGAGUUUAUGAGCGCCGUAACACUGCGGAAUGGCGAGGUAAUCAGUCGAAAUCAGCGGAGUCACCUGCGGUAUACACUCUUCCCACGAAGACCAUGCUGGUAAUGACAAUUAUACUGUUUUUUUUUCGUCUGAUCCACAAGAAUUCAUGA